UGUAGGGCCCGGAGGGUGGGGACGGCGGGACGGGACAGGGUUCGGGUUUGCCAGCCUGUGGCGGGGCCGGAGUGCUGCGACUUUGAACUCCGGGGGAAGGUGAACCAGAACUUUUGGAACUAGUGCCGGCGGCUUCCAACCCCCAGUAUUAAAGAACUUUAUGGAUCAGUUUGCUAAUAAGUACAUGCAAGAUUUGAAGAGCUGAAGAAGACAUUCAGUAGUAAACCUUUUUAAUACCUAGGUUGGAAUUUGCCCUUGACAAAUAACAAAAUGAUGAGCGAUGCGAGUGACAUGUUGGCUGCGGCGUUGGAGCAGAUGGAUGGCAUUAUAGCAGGUUCUAAGGCCCUGGAGUAUUCCAAUGGGAUUUUUGAUUGCCAGUCCCCCACGUCCCCGUUCAUGGGAAGCUUGCGGGCGCUGCACCUGGUGGAAGACCUGCGUGGCCUGCUGGAGAUGAUGGAAACAGACGAGAAGGAAGGCCUGAGAUGUCAGAUCCCAGACUCAACCGCAGAAACACUCAUCGAAUGGCUUCAGAGUCAAAUGACAAAUGGACACCUCCCCGGGAACGGAGAUGUGUAUCAAGAAAGGCUCGCGCGGCUGGAAAAUGAUAAAGAAUCCCUUGUUCUUCAGGUAAGUGUGCUAACAGACCAGGUGGAGGCUCAGGGAGAGAAGAUCCGAGACCUGGAGUUUUGUCUUGAAGAGCACAGAGAGAAGCUGAGCGCCACGGAAGAAAUGCUUCAGCAGGAGCUUCUGAGUAGGACAUCCCUAGAAACUCAGAAGUUGGAUCUGAUGGCUGAGAUAUCUAACUUGAAGUUAAAACUGACGGCCGUAGAGAAGGACAGAUUGGAUUAUGAAGAUAGGUUCAGGGACACAGAGGGCCUAAUGCAGGAGAUCAGUGAUUUGAGGUUAAGAGUCAGUGAAAUGGACAGCGAAAGACUUCAGUAUGAAAAAAAGCUGAAAUCAACCAAAGAUGAACUGGCAUCUUUAAAAGAACAACUGGAAGAGAAAGAGUCUGAAGUGAAAAGGCUACAAGAGAAGUUGUUUUGCAAGAUGAAAGGAGAAGGGAUCGAAAUUUUCGACCGAGAUGGAAAUUUUAAAAAGAAGCUCAAAGACAAAAAUAUUGAAGUACAAAAAAUGAAAAAGGCUGUGGAGUCUUUGAUGGCAGCAAACGAAGAAAAGGAUCGGAAAAUAGAAGAUCUUCGACAGUGCCUGAACAGGUACAAGAAAACGCAAGAUACGGCGCAACUGGCCCAAGGUAAAAAAGGCCCAGAGGCUGACUAUGACGAGCUGCUCACUUCCAGUUCCAUCUCCACUUUGCUGGACGCGCAGGGAUUCAGCGAACUGGAGAAAAACCUGUCAUCCACGCCAGUGACGGGCUCUCCCAGUCGUGACCCCUUUAACACAAGUGUUCCCGAAGAGUUCUACAGCUUGCAGGUUUCCAGCCCUGUGUCAGGACCGUCACCGAAAGGCUUGGAAACUUCCGAAAAUGCGAAGUUGCCUCCUAAGCCAGAGACUUCAUUUGAGGAGAAUGAUGGAAAAAGGAUCCUUGGCGCUGCUGUUGAAAUCCAAUCGUGUGAUAAUCUUCUAACCUCAAGUCUGCAGAAGUCUAGCAGCCUGGGCAAUCUGAAAAAGGAGUCAUCAGACGGGGAAAAGGAGUCUAUUCAGAAGCCUUCAGAGGAUAAAUCUCCGGUAGAAAGCAGCCCAUUUGGAAGCCUCCCUCCCAAAGCCCCAGGACACGAUGCCUCCGUGGACGACAGCCCCUUUGGCACUCGGAAAGGCAGAUCUUCCUUUGGCCGUGGCUUUUUUAAAAUAAAAAGUAACAAGAGGACAGCAAGUGCACCCAACUUGGAUCGUAAACGAAGUGCCAGUGCACCCACCUUAGCUGAAACAGAAAAGGAGACAACUGAGCACCUAGACCUGGCUGGUGUGUCUCCUCGGCCAAAAGAUUCUCAGGGGAGCAGCCCCUUCCAGAUGUCCCCAUCAUCUCCAGAUCCCAAAAAGAAAUCCCGAGGCAUCAUGAAACUCUUUGGAAAACUUAGGAGAAGUCAGUCUACUACAUUCAACCCAGAUGACAUGUCUGAAACUGAAUUCAAAAGAGGAGGGACAAGGGCAACUGCUGGGCCCCGAUUGGGUUGGUCUCGAGAUUUGGGACAAUCUAACAGUGACUUGGAUAUGCCAUUUGCCAAAUGGACCAAGGAGCAGGUUUGCAAUUGGCUUGUGGAACAGGGCUUGGGGUCCUACCUGAAUUCUGGCAAGCACUGGAUUGCAUCUGGCCAGACGCUCUUGCAGGCUUCUCAACAAGAUCUAGAGAAGGAACUUGGAAUCAAGCAUUCACUUCAUCGAAAGAAGCUCCAGCUGGCAUUGCAGGCCCUGGGGUCCGAGGAAGAAACCAAUCACGGAAAGCUGGAUUUCAACUGGGUCACAAGAUGGUUGGAUGACAUUGGUCUCCCCCAGUACAAGACCCAGUUUGAUGAAGGACGGGUAGAUGGUCGAAUGCUCCAUUACAUGACCAUUGAUGACUUGCUGUCUUUGAAGGUUGUGAGUGUGCUGCAUCAUCUCAGUAUCAAAAGGGCCAUCCAGGUCCUGAGGAUCAACAACUUCGAACCCAACUGUCUACGGAGGCGGCCUUCGGACGAGAACAGCGUCACCCCGUCUGAGGUGCAGCAGUGGACCAAUCACCGAGUGAUGGAGUGGCUGCGCUCCGUGGACUUGGCGGAAUACGCCCCCAAUCUCAGGGGCAGUGGUGUCCAUGGUGGGCUCAUGGUUCUAGAACCUCGGUUUAAUGUAGAAACCAUGGCUCAGCUACUGAACAUCCCACCAAGUAAGACCCUGUUGCGAAGACAUUUGGCCACUCACUUCAACCUUCUGAUUGGUGCUGAGGCCCAACGCCAGAAGCGCGACGCCAUGGAGUUACCGGAUUACGUACUCCUAACAGCCACUGCCAAAGUGAAGCCAAAGAAACUUGCCUUCAGCAAUUUUGGGAAUCUGAGAAAGAAGAAACAGGAAGAUGGGGAAGAAUAUGUUUGUCCAAUGGAAUUGGGGCAGGCAUCAGGAAGUAUAUCUAAGAAAGGACUUAAACCUGGUUUGGACAUGCGCCUGUAUGAUGAAGAUGAUUUGGACCGGUUAGAGCAGAUGGAAGACUCAGAAGGGACAGUGAGGCAGAUAGGUGCAUUCUCUGAAGGCAUCAACAACCUAACACACAUGUUAAAGGAAGAUGACAUGUUCAAAGACUUUGCUGCCCGGUCCCCCAGCGCCAGCAUCACUGAUGAAGACUCGAACGUGUGACCGUAGCGCCUGGACAAGCAUGAGGAGCCCUUGAUCUCUUUCCACUUUAUUCCUUAAACACUGACAGUCUAUCCAACCAGCAGCAGAUUGCAUUUUGUUUAUUGAUCCAACUUCUGCUUAUUUAGAAGUGGAAACGGGAAGCAGGGGAUACGUGCCUAUUUCGAAGCUGCCACGGAAAGUGAGACACUGGUGAACGAGAGUAUAAUUGUUUCUCCUCUAUUUAAUGUAAAAAUCUGUGAAAUAUUAUAUUUAAAAUGUUGCAUUUACUACGAGAGUACUUUACCAUAGUGUUUCCGUCCCAUUCACAGUGUGGAGGACUUGGGAGAGCGGUGACCCCCAGGGCUGAUUCUGUCGGGCCGGUGUAGCCAACGGGGCAGAACGCGACAUGCUUUUCAAAUCCGCACGUGGCGUUUCUUUAAGUGUUCGGUGUGCCCACCGCAUGCCAGCCACGCCUCCACUCGCCUCUGAGUGUCCUAUUUUUAUAUAUUUUUCUAAAUAUAUGUAUAUAUUUAGUACAUAGAACUUUUAUUUUGUGACAUACGUAAGGAAGAUGGUUUAAAAAAAGAUCACAUUGAAAAAAAUAUAGUGAUCAAAAUUUUCAUAUACCAGCUGGUUCUUGGACAGGUCAGGGUGAUCUUUCUUUCUCCAUAACCAAGUGUUAAUGAUGUUGAUCAUUCGGACUACAUUAGUGUAUAUGAAAUAACUCUUUUUUGAUGACACAUCGCGAAAUUGAUGGUUAGUUUUUUUUUUAAAGAAUUUCAGCCUUAAUCUUGGAUUCUUUUAAGUUAAAAGGAAGAACUCGAGGGACAUUUAAAUUCUAUUAACUUGAAAACAUUCAGAAGCUCCACCAAAAUUUGUAGAAAUAAUUUCUGAAGAAACCAAAACAAAACAAAAACCUUCACAGUAUUAAGCUUUGUAUUGUCUUCUUUACUAAAUAUAUCAUUACAUCAAAAUAUUAACAGUCUGACUAAUGUUAUUAAUCAUACAUUUCUCAGGCUAUCCAUGAAUGCAAUCUUUUUAAAAAACUGAAUAUUUGUGUGAACAUUUUGUCUCAGUCAGAGUCCAAUAACUCUGAGGCUGGAAAAUUAGUUUUAUAAUGGCUAUAUUGUGAUGAUAAAAUGUUGUUCAUGUUUUUCCAUAGCACAGGGCCCAAAUAUUCUUUAUAAAGAAAAUCCAAAGCUGCAACAAAAAUGGUUACUCUUUUUAUUCUUCUUCUUAGGGGUAUUAGAAAUAAUAUUCUGUUUUUUAUUCAGUGCCACAUCACUACCAUGACAGCCAACUGUGGUAAAGACAGGUUCUCACAAAUUGGCAUAGGGAUGGGCAGUUCGUAGAUACCAGUGGACUUACUUACAAACUAUAUUUGAAUGUCAGUGAUAUGAUCUCUCAAGUUACCAGCAAGUUCCCAAGCUUUUCAUCGAGGAACCUAUAUUACUACAUUACUAUUUAUUCACAACUAAAAUGAUUUGAUGCUAACAAUAAUCUUUUGCUGCUUACCAUUCAUUAUUUGGUAACUGUACUGGAUUCUUAAUGUACUUGUGUUUUAUUUUAAUGUGGAUAUAUAUGUCACCAUUUGGAAAACAAAUCUGUUAUUCAAACCUGGUUAAAAACACCAGGAGACUGUUAUAGAUGCCAAACACUCUUUAUUCGGGACAUUGUAACAUAACUGACAAUAUGUGUUGAGGUUAAAACU